CAGGGUUUCAUUUCAACCUUCAACAUACAUACUUCCCCAAUUCCUAUGCAAUACCGCAAUACCUACUGUUAACUGAUAACAACUUUUUACGUAUCAAAUAUGUCGCCGUCAUCAUCGCAGCCAGAGACUUCCAACAACCAAGCCGCGCAACCCGCCGGCCCGACAGCUUCUCAGUCGAUUCAAAGCACACAACCCAUAGCUCUUCAGGCGAUGGAUCCGCAACGUCCCCAGCCCGAUCAGCCCGAGGUCGGAAACCUACGCGGUGGAGACCGGAGCUCCUGUUGUCCGGGGCGCUUCUGCUUCUGCAUCCCGUGUCCGCUACCGUGCGACUUCUGUAUCAUCUAAGCCGCCCUUAUGCAUUUUAACAUCGCCACCGCUAUCAUAAAUGGGUUAAUCGGGAGCACUAUUGUUCGUUUUCAAACUUGUUAGAGUUGGAUCAUCAAGAUAUUUGUUUCUAGUCUAGCCGAAUUGAACACCUUUGUAUUCGGGACUCCAUCAAACAUUUCCAAAGAUUAUGUAUCGCUAUUACACGUACUCCUCAUGCCAGGAACUAGGUGUCUGAAAUUCUUGUGGCCUGCUUUAGAUGUCAUCAGUGCUAUAGAUAAUUAUUUACAUGGUGGAAAUCGUUGAAGGUUCUGACAAAUCGUCCCUUGUUGUCCUUCCGGGACUCCCAUGUUCGAACAUAAGGUAUCAAUGGCUUCUUGGCAGUAUAGCAUAAUAGAAAGA